UGCAUGGAGCGCCUCUCGGCGCCCUCCGGCUACAAGGGGCCCCAGCCGGCCGUCAAGCCCGACCUGGUGGGGAAGCUGGCCAAGUGCGGGCACAUCUUCCACCUCCACUGCCUCGUCGCUAUGUACAACAACGGCAACAAGGAUGGGAGCCUGCAGUGCCCGACCUGCAAAACCAUCUACGGGGUGAAGACCGGGACUCAGCCCCCUGGGAAAAUGGAGUAUCACAUUAUCCCUCACGCGCUGCCCGGCCACUCUGACUGCAAAACCAUCCGCAUCAUCUACAAUAUCCCCCCGGGGGUGCAGGGACCGGAGCAUCCGAACCCUGGGAAAAGCUUCACCGCCCGCGGCUUCCCACGGCACUGUUACCUGCCGGACAGCGAGAAGGGCAGGAAGGUACUGAAGUUGCUGUUGGUAGCCUGGGACCGGCGCUUGAUCUUCGCCAUCGGGACCUCCAGCACCACGGGCGAGUCGGACACCGUGAUCUGGAACGAGAUCCACCACAAGACGGAGUUUGGCUCCAACCUCACCGGCCACGGCUACCCCGACGUCAACUACCUGGACAACGUGCUGGCUGAGCUCGCGGCCCAGGGCAUCACGGAGGAGAGCUUAGGCCAGGAGAAGGACUGAGACUGCGGUGGGGAGGCGAAGGAAGGGGUGCCCGGUGGGCGGCGGGCCUUCUGCCACCCUUUGGCCCUCGGUACCUGCUGCCGCCUCCCCGUGCCCUGGCUCUCCGCCGCCUCUUCCGUCCCGCUCCGAGGAGAGAGCCGAUGGAGAAGCCUGACGGGGCCUUUGCGCGGAGGAGCUGGAGACCCUCCGUUCCUGGUGCUCGGUUGGUGAGAGCGUCCCCAGGCCGGGGCCUGCCGGGGAGGUGGGAGAAGGUCGUUUCGGACAGCUCCUUCCCUUCCCUGCAGGUUAGGUUGGCCGUGGUGGUGGCCACGAGCUCCGGGAGGGGAAGCGAAAGGCUGAAGUCUGCAAACGGCCUCCCCCGCGCCGGAGAGGGAGCUGGCCGGCCCCACGGGAGCCACGA